AUGGCGCAGCAAGGAGUUCAGCUGGACCUGGACACAAUUUCUUGUUCGAUCUGUUUGGAUCUACUGAAGGAUCCGGUGACUAUUCCCUGUGGACACAGCUACUGCAUGAACUGUAUUAAAAGCUUCUGGGAUGGAGAAGAUGAGAAGCAAAUCCACAGCUGCCCUCAGUGUAGACAGACCUUCACACCGAGGCCUGUCCUGGUGAAAAGUACCAUUUUAGCAGAUUUAGUGGAGGAACUGAAGAAGACUGGACUCCAAGCUGCUCCUGCUGAUCACUGCUAUGCUGGACCUGAAGAUGUGUCCUGUGAUGUUUGCACUGGGAGAAAACUGAAAGCUAUCAAGUCCUGUCUGGUCUGUUUGGCCUCUUACUGUGAGAAACACCUCCAGCCUCAUUAUGAUGCAGCUCCAUUAAAGAAACACAAGCUGGUGAACCCCUCCAAGAAGCUCCAGGAGAACAUCUGCCCUCGUCAUGAUGAGGUGAUGAAGAUGUUCUGCCGUACUGAUCAGCAGUGUAUCUGUUAUCUCUGCUCUGUGGAUGAACAUAAAGGCCACGACACAGUCUCAGCUGCAGCAGAAAGGACUGAGAGGCAGAGAGAGUUCGAGGUGAGUCGACAAAACAUCCAGCAGAGAAUCCUGGACAGAGUAAAAGAUGUGAAGGUGUUUCAACGGGAGGUGGAGGCUAUCAAUCGCUCUGCUGAUAAAGCAGUGGAGGACAGUGAGAAGAUCUUCACUCAGCUGAUCCGUCUCAUCCAGAAAAGAAGCUCUGAUGUGAAGCAGCAGGUCAGAUCCCUGCAGGAAACUGAAGUGAGUCGAGUCAAAGAGCUUCAGGAGAAGCUGGAGCAGGAGAUCACUGAGCUGAAGAGGAAAGACGCUGAGAUGAAGAAGCUCUCACACACAGAGGACCACACCCAGUUUCUACACAACUACCCCUCACUGUCAGCACUCAGUGAAUCUACAUCCAGCAUCAAUAUCCGUCCUCUGAGGUACUUUGAGGAUGUGACAGCGGCUGUUUCAGAGCUCAGAGAUAAACUACAGGUCGUUCUGAGAGAGAAAUGGACAAACGUCUCACUGACAGUGACUGAAGUGGAUGUUUUACUGCCACAACCAGAGCCCAAGACCAGAGCUGGAUUCUUAAGAUAUUCACGUGAAAUCACAUUGGAUCCAAACACAGCAUACACAAAAAUCUUUUUAUCUGAGGGAAACAGAAAAGCAACAGUCCUAGGGAUAAAUCUAUCCUAUCUUUGUCACCCAGACAGAUUCACUACAUAUUGUCAGGUCCUGAGUAGAGAGAGUCUGACUGGACGUUGUUACUGGGAGGUGGAAAAAGGACACGGAGGAGUUUCAGUAGUUGUAGCAUACAAAGACAGUAACACUGUAAAUGAGAGAUUUGGAGACAAUAACAAGUCUUGGGCAUUAGGUUUUUACAAACUUCGUUAUGAAUUCAGACAUAACAAUAUCACAACUCCAGUGUCAGGUCCUCAGUCCUCCAGAGUUGGAGUGUAUCUGGAUCACAGUGCAGGUAUUCUGUCCUUCUACAGCGUCUCUGAAACCAUGACUCUCCUCCACAGAGUCCAGACCACAUUCACUCAGCCUCUCUAUGCUGGACUUCUUCUUUGUGGUCCCACUGGAAACAGUGCUGAGCUGUGUGAGCUUAGUGUGUAGAUAGAUGCUAUGCUGAGCUGUGUGGACUUCCCACGUUUUCAUUUUGUCAACAUUUUUAUUUCCAAGUGCAACAGUGGUUGACACUUUGGUAUGCUGUCACUGCUAAUGCUAUCUAUGCUAUUACCAGUGACAGGUACCAUGGCAGAUUUUAGCAAAACAAACUAGAAAUAUAAAACACAUCAUUAGUGCAGUACUCUGGGCCUUAACUGAACUAAAGUUAUUGAUAUAAUCUCAGGGAAACACUUCACUAAAAGUCCUGCUUUUAAAUAUUACAUUGAUAUAUUUGCAGUAAGGUGUAAAAGAACUAGUUUGUCUAAAUUUGUUUGAUUGUAUAAUGUUGUUGUUCUUUUAUUUACACGUUAUUUGACAUUUUGGGUUUGAAUGGUACUUAAAUUCUCAUUUCUCAUGUUUAUUGACAUAAUUAUGGUACUUUUCAUGUAUUUAAAGGUAGAGUGUUAGUAGUGUUGAAGCAGUCGAUCUGAAGCUUAAAUUACAGUUUAAAUACUCGUAAUCAUUGGGUUUAAUACAUAAUCAUGUAACAUUAGUCUCCUUUGUCCCUGUUGGCUGUUUGCAAAUAUUAAAUCCUCCACUAGAGGUCAGUCUUUACAUAUAUUUUCCACUAUCACAUACUCAGAUGUACAUUACUGCCCUUCACAAUAUAAUAUAUAUGACCAAAGGUUUGUAGAAACUCCUGACACAUUUGUGUAUAUAAGGUGUGCGGCUGUUUCUUUGUGGUUUUGUCUAUUCUCCUUAGUUCCAGUUAAGGUAAAUCUUAAUGCUACAGCAUAUAAUGGUAUUUUUGACAAUAGUGUUCUUCCAGCUUUGAACUGACUGUCUGGGGAAGUGACUUUCCUGUUGCUACUAACGAAUGCUUGAUUAUAGUUUGUGUUGUAUUUGAGACUUUUCAUGAUGUGUAGGCCUAAAAUAAAAUUAUUAUCCUUUGAGUCUGAUAUAGAAAUCAGCUAUGUUGAAAUGUACAAUAUAAACUGUGUGAAGGAUUUACUUAAUAAAAUCACAAUUUGUUACUGAA